AUGCUGGAUCAGAUGCUGGUAAGAGGGAUUUCAUGGCGCCGGUUGUCAGACGUGAUGCUGAUGAUGGGUCCACCUGCACUGGCGCUGGUGGAUCUGGAUCUGGAUCUGGUUCACAGAUGCGCAGCUGCUCUGCCAGGGAUGAGGCAGGAGAGGGCCUUGCUACAGCCAGCAGUGCAGGUGAAGGUAGUGCUAGGGGUGCUAGUAGUGGCAAGCAGGGAGCUGCAUGCAUGGCACGUGUGGCUGCUCUUCCUCACGUGCUGGGCGAUGGAGCAGCAGGCGGAGACAUUGGGCCAAGACAAGGCAGGCAGUGGUAGUGAACGUGGUGAUAGGGGUGGUGAUGUGGAUGGGGAUGGGGAUGGGGAUGGGGAUGGGGAUGUAGGUGGUGGUGGUGCAGAUGCUGGUCUCUCCAACGUGGUAGCCCUCGCGAAUGAUCAGUCUACUGUACCUUCAAGUGUGCUCCACAUGCUGCAGAGCCUUGCUCGAGGAGCUGUUUCAGCGGCUGCCACUGCCACUGGGAAUGCUGCUGCCACAGAAAGCGCUGCUGCUAUUUUGGUGCCUGCACCUGGUGCUGCUAUUGAUAGCGGACCCGCCUAUAACGAGUCUCUGCCUUGCCUGGAGUCGGCAAAGCUCGUGUCGUGGCUGCUGGGUCAGCUCCCGGGUCUCUCCACGCGCCUGUCCGCCUUCGUGCUCCACCGCUUCGCCUCUGCUUCACACUCAGAUGGUUCCUCUCCUUCAACCACGCAUCAUGCCAGCAAGGCAGCACUCACGCCCGAUGCCCCUGCUCCUGCUGCUUCGCUCUCUGCUUCUCUCUCUGCGUCUCUGCUUCCCACCGUUACAAGCACAUCUGCUGCAUCCACUGAAGGCACUGAUUCCACCAAUACGAGCCCGGAAGCCAUGCCACGUGGCGUUGCCUGGGCGCUUGACAUGGCGUUUCCGGACCCUCUUAGUGCAGCGGGGAUGUCACGGGCAGGAGCGGCAGGAGCAACAGGAACAACAGGAGCGGCAGGGCCAGGGGCAGGGCCAGGGGCAGGGCCAGGGCCAGGGGCAGGGGCAGGGGUAAGAGAAGCACGUGGUGCAGGAGGGGGGCACAUGGCGCAUGGGGCGCAGCUGCUGUAUAGGGCGUCCCUGCAUGGCCGUGGCAUUCGCCGGCUCAUGGCUCAGGCUGAAGGCUAUGGUGGUCCCUGGGGCUGUGCUCUCAUGCAGCUCUCGCCCUCCUUCGCGCUCUACAAGCCCACUGGUCUAGCGAAUAAUUUCAUCUGCACUCCAUCUGCAAAGCUGGGGGGCGGCCCUGUUUCUCGUGCUGGUGUUGGUGGGGCUGGUGCUGCUGCUGUGCGCGGGGCAGGGGCAGCAGGGGGGAAGGCGAGGGUGUUGGGGAUAGGCGUGGGGGGCAGCAGGGGGAGGGAGCGGGUGUGGGUGGAUGAGGAGUUUCGAUGUGCUGUUGUGAGACACCAUGCGGUGGAUAAGACCUUCCGCCCCGGUCAUCUGCACCCCGACCAGGGUUACGCAGAGCUGAGUGUGCGUGUAGAGGAUGUGAUUGUAUGGGGUCUGGGUGGCAAGGCAGCAGAGGACAAGAGGGUGGCCUUUCAGCAGCGAGAGCAGCUUUUCACAGAGCAGAGGAGAAAGCUGUGGACCAAGGAGGUGGCUCGAAGCAGCUAG